AUGAACAACAACAACUCAUUAUCUCGAGGUUGCUUAAAUUUUCACCCUCCUCGAAUAACAGUCGUGAAAUCAGCUCACGCUUCCAGAGUCGUACGUGAGCCAGUUAUAGGUUUGCAAGUUGCGCUUUGCGUCGUAAAAAUGAUGAUGGUUGUCGUGAUAAUAUUUGCUGUAUGUUGGCUUCCAUUCCACAUAUAUUUCUUGCUAACAUCACAGUAUCCGGAGAUCACUAACGAACCUUACAUCCGCGAGGUGUACCUCGGCAUCUACUGGCUGGCCAUGAGCAAUUCCAUGUACAAUCCCAUCAUAUAUUGUUGGAUGAAUUCCAGGUUUCGGCGCGGCUUCAAGCAGUUCUUUUCCUGCUGCCCGUUCGUGCACGUCAGCCCCGAGGCCCUGACAAGACGCGAGGUAGUCACUUCGCGGUAUUCCUGCUCCGGAUCUCCUGACAGGCACAGGAUAGUACGAAAUGGUUCAGUACGCAUUCCGCUACAUCUGUCCCGAUGUCCCAGCGCAGUGACGACCGCCAGUUACUACAGCACCGCCGGCGGCGGAAAGAGGUGGCGAGGUUCACCCUGACAACACGACGACGGCGAUCUGACCGGCACCAGGCGCACCUGGAUAUAACUCAAGGCCGUCCAGCGGCCAGAAUCUGCGUCGCUGCUGAUCGCCAAUGAUGAACAGUGCUGAAAAUGGGAUCAUAUACCACAAUCGAUUAAUAAAUAGCAUUUAUUAUUCACCAUACGAUAUAAAACGACUGUAGAGAAAUUUCAAACAACGAGGUAAUCGAUAGUGAACGGACAAUCUGUUUUGUUUAUACAAAACUAUAGAGCAAAAAAACUACCCAAAAAAACUACCAGAAAAACAAUGCUGAAAAUGGGAUCAUAUACCACAAUCGAUUAAUAAAUAGCAUUUAUUAUUCACCAUAUAAACGACUGUAGACAGAUUUCAAACAGCGAGAUAAUCAAAAGUGGACGUACAAUCUGUUUUGUUUAUACAAAACUAUAGAGCAGAAAAACUAUCCAAAAAACUAUCAGAAAAACAAUGCCGAAAAUGGUAUCAUAUACCACAAUCGAUUAAUAAAUAGCAUUUAUUAUUCACCAUAUAAACGACUGUAGACAAAUUUCAAACAGCGAGGUAAUCGAUAGUAAACGGACAAUCUGUUUUGUUCAUACAAAACUAUAGAGCAGAAAAACUACCCAAAAAAACUAUCAUAAAAACCAUGAUGAAAAUGGGAUCAUAUACCACAAUCGAUUAAUAAAUAGCAUUUAUUAUUCACCAUAUAAACGACUGUAGACAAAUUUCAAACAGCGAGGUUGUCGAUAGUGAACGGACAUUCUGUUUUGUUUAUACAAAACUAUAAAGCAGAAAAACUAUCAAAAAAAACUAUCAGAAAAACUAUCCAAAAACGAAUAUAAUUGCAAUUAAAGAUUGCAAUGAUAUACAAUUUCUACAAACUAAAUACACUCGCUAAAUUAAAUAUGCACUAUGCAAUAAAUUUUCUGACAAUUUUGUUAAACACCAGA